CAAUUUUGAUGUGUCGGAGUUUAUGCUCCAUCUUGUUUUUCUACUUCUUGACUGAUUAGCACAGUAUCGAAAACUGAAUCAAAAUGCCAAGCAUCGCCGUGGGAAAGUAUCUUUUGCACACUGAGGUGCGCCUUGGUUCCGGCGGGUUUGGCGAGGUCCACGCAGCGAGUCGGCGCGGCAGUGUGGAGACCGAAGACUUGGCGAUAAAAGUCGGGAACCGAAGAGGGCUGAAUUCCAAGAACAAAUUGAGAAACACCUGCGACACGAACGAGUUGCACAUUUUGCAAUCGAUAAAACACCCAAACAUCGUCGAGCUCUGCGACCACUUCGUCGCGGACCAUGGACGCUUGCACUUGGUCAUGCGCCGGGCAGCGGGGGACUUGACUGUCAUGGUCAGUCAGCACCACAGUUGUAGUUCAUCGUCCUCUUGUGAUCUUCAUACAGCGACAUCACGACCGAGUACAACUACAGCCGCUCCUUCCUCCGCUGCCACGACGUUCGACGACUACGACCAGUGGAAUUGCAGCCUGCAGAUUUGCCUGGGCCUGGAAUUCCUGCACAACAAGAACAUCCUGCAUCGGGACUUGAAGCCGGAGAAUAUUCUGUUCUUCAAGGGCGCCGGCUCGGGGGUCAACGGCAGUCGCAGUUUAGUCUGGAAACUGGCAGUAUCAAAUGCAAAUAUCAUGUCUGGGUCCUCUGGAACUUUGUGAUGCUAAAAUGUGCAUGAUGAUGAUGAAAAGACAUCCUUAUGCUCGAACACAUGACAAGUUUACAGAAUGCUUUCUUUAAUACAAAGUCCGCAUAAGAAACUGCGUUUUUGUACGACGUGAGAGGCUGCCACUUUUGUUGGUCACGCGAUACAGAUUUCACAGGAAAAAUGUAAGACCAGCAUUACAAGUUCCAACUUCGCAGACCCAGACCUAUUUGCGUUUGAUAGGCAGACUUCGGGAUUGGGAAGGAGGUCGACUGCGCCCACGUGGCGCAGUAUCGUAAAGAAAAAUCCCCCCUCCCCAUAUCGAAAAGGAUUGUUUCCGAAAAUUUGUGUUGCUGAUUUGAGGUCACAAAUCACAUUUGUCGUGCAAGAAGACAAGGGCAGAAGCUUCCGUCCCACUAUGGAAGCGAUUUGUCAUGCUGUUGGGCCUAAAGGUGAGCCGUUUGCCGUGCUGCACAACUAGACCCAUACGCCCCUAUCUAGCCUGGGGGUCUGGCCGCAAUGCCUCUCGGCAAUACAAACCUGAUUUGUGUACACGAAUCCAGCAUCAGAAAUUCCGUUUUGAUAUGCGGGGGGGGAUUUUUCCUUUCGAUACGCAGACGCACACGGUCUGCGGGACCCACUUGUACAUGGCGCCGGAGGUUCUGCGCGGGGACCGGUACUUCGCGGCGGCCGACCUGUGGAGCUUGGGGGCGGUGCUGCACUACGUGCGGUUUGGAAAGUAUAAACUGCGUUCGUUUUUGAGUUAUUUGAUAGUACUGGCAUUGGAUCAUUCUUCAUCUACUUCUAAGCGUCGUGAUCUUGCGCAUUGUUCUCUCAAUCUCGUCGUCCUGGUGGUCACAAGUGGAAUUAUGCAAAAAACGUUCGUGAAGAUUCACUACCACUUGUUGUCAAAAAUUAUCCACCCAGGGUUCUCUUCACCACCCCGGCCCAAGUCCUUCUCUGGAGCACUUCGAACGAGCUCGACGAUUUCCCGGGCAAGAACACCCUCCACGCCGACAUGUCGCAGCGGGUUAAAUUGAAGACGGUUCUGUCGGAAAUUACCUCAAACGCCAAAACCAUGUCCCACCCCAACAAAUUGAUCUCCUCCGCUCCCGCGGAGGUUUUAGAGGCGUACUUCUCCAGCAACACCGCGUCGCAGAAGUUCUGGUCCAGUAACGCGGGCAACGAAAUCAUGCUGGAUAUCGUCCAGGAAAAAUCCCCUCUCCCCAUAUCGAGACGAAGUUUCUGAUGCUGGAUUUCCGGACACAAAUGCGCGCUGUCUUGCAGUAAAGCAUCGCAGCCAAAUCCUCAGCCUAGGUAGGGGCGUUUGGGGGUCUAGUUGUUCACGUUUGGGUCUAGUAGUUGUUUAGCAUUUUUACAAACGGCUGUCCCCGACUAGGCCCAACAGCAUCCAUGCCAAAUCGCUCCCAUAAUGGCCGCGCGGAAGCGUCUGCACUUGUCUUCUACUAACUUGCAAGACAGACGUGAUUUUUUGUGGUCUCAAAAGAGCAGCACAUCAUACCGCUUCGAUAUGGGGAGGGAGGAUAGGGAUUUUUCUUUUUGAUACUGGAGUGCCGACCGGAAGCGAGAAACGCAGUGCUCAGGAACCUACCGUCGAUCAUCGCGAGCUGCACCAGGAGUUUGCGGGGCAGCAGUUCCGGCAGUAAGUUGAACAAACUUGUAGCGCCGGGUGGAUCGGGCAGAAGUAGUAGUUCAUCUUCCGGCUUGCGACGAAGCCGUGAGAAACAGAACAUCAAAAGGGACAACAAAAACAAUCAAAACCACACCGACGCCGAAGACGAGGAGGUCGACCACAUGAAGAGCGUCAGUGAAAACGACGAAGAGAUGAGCGGAGACCGGGAAAUGGACUCCGAGACCGAGGACGCACAUUCGGAGGUGAACAGCACCGUGGUUGGGCAACCGGACCAGCCACCCGCACUGUCGUCCCUUCCCGUCGAGAAUUCAUCGGCCACGAAAAAGCAGAAACGCGGGCCGUUCCCCUUUUUCCUCUUCCGAUUCCUGUGUAUAAAUCGCAAAGACCAAGAGGCGUUACAUUUACUUGACUACGCCGACUCCGUGUACGAUCUGAAAGUGUGUGUCCCGGUAUUUGCGGCCGCCUUCGGACGGCUCAUGACCGAGAAGUUGUGGGCAGGUAAGUACGUGGUUUGUAAUGCGGUUCCGCAUUGAGUGUGAGUUUGUGUUUGAGUUGCAAUGUUGUUGCUUCGUCCAGCUGUGGACGAGGAAUUUGCACCGCUCCCCUUUCAGAUUCAAAUUGCUCUCCAAAUAAGGUCUCCAUUCUCACAAGCAGUGGCUUUCUUCCUGGCGUGUUCAGUGGCGGCCGGACGAAAUGGGCGGGGGCUGCACCAUCGAGAAAACGCAGCCGGCUGCGUUUCUGAACAACAGCAAGGCGGUUUCUGGCUGGACGCGAAAAGCAUCAGUUUAAGUUUUUGCUGCAGCCGAUCUGCUCCGUGUAGUGCACGUCGUGUGCCUGGCACAGAGGUCAGCUCUUUUAUGAAGUAAGUAGAGAGAAUCCAGGUUCUUAUAUGUUGCUGAAUACUUGAUGUUGAUAAAUACCGAUAAAUGAGAACAAUUCUGGUUUUAUGCCAACACCCUCCAAGCUUUUUGCUAUACUUAAUUUCACUUUUUGAAAUCAAGUUAGUUAUUUCUACUCUCGUUUCAUGCUUUGCUAGCAUUGGUACUAUCUCCGCAGGAAAGUGUUGGCCAGCAGUAUCGUUUUCAUAAACGAUUCACGCCAAUAGUAAUAGAGAUGUGUUUGGGCUCUUGAGCGCACUGUGUAUGUGUGGCGCUUUUUUCCCCAACCAAGCUCAAAUUUAUUCGAUGGCCAAAAAACAAAAACCCUGCACGACAAGUGAAAACAGAACUACUUCUUUCCA